CGCUGAGGAGAGGACGAGAGCCUCGCAGCCCGGCCGCGGGGGCGGCGUCGGGGCCCAGGGCAGGAAAAGAAAACGAAGUUUUUCUUCACUUCCUGGGCAUUGUAGCAGGUUAUCUGAUGGAAGGAUAAAGUAAAUGAUGGAUUAUCCAAAAUAAAGUUGCAGCCAUCUUCAACAAGGUUCAAUGAUUUAAAAAAUUUUAUAAAGAAAUUUCCAAGUUAAAGAUGAAAGAAAAAUACUGGAAUUAUUUGGAUUCUAACUGACAGGAUAAAGAACACAGAAUUUCCUAGUUACACGUAAUGGAACCGCAGUAAAAUUCAUCACUUUGGUAUGCACCCAACUGGGAACAUGGAUGUUGGUUUUUCUCGUUCUGCUGUUCAGACACUGUCAAGAAGCCACUGCAAAAACAUCAAACAAAAAAUUUCUCAGUGGGAAGGACGGACUAAUGGUAUAUCUAAUCCAGAUAAGUGGCACCAGAAGGACUUUGGAACGAAAUAUAGUAACUAUCAUCAGGAGAUUCUUCUUAAGAAGAAUCGUGUUGCUGAGGGAAAGAGCAAAAAGUUGGAUGCAACCAACUCUCAAAACAUUGGUCUAGAUGUUAAUGAAGAUGCCAAAAGCCGGGAUCAAAGUGAGGAUGAAAGUGAGAAACGUGAAUGCAACGAUACUCACUUCUUUAAAAGUGAAUCAGAAUCCAACUGGGUAUGUUCUCGGGUCAAACAAAUUGAAAGCUGGAAAGAAGUUGCUUUGGAUCCAGAGACUUCAUUACCUCCAGGAAAUUUCUAUACCUCACAGAUACUGUGGAAGAAAAUCCAGGCACUUCCCCCAGAUAAAGUCCUCAAUUUGGCUCUAGAACAUUGUGUCUCUUCAGAAAAGGAACUGAAUUUCAGAGUUCUGGAGAGUUCCUAUGGAGUAACCAAGAGCUUGGAAAAUAUCUAUUCUGAACCGGAAGGACAAGAAUGUGGACCUUCUAUAAAUCCUUUGCCAAAACCUCGUAGGACAUUCAGAUAUUUGUCUGAAUCUGGUGUUAUGCCAUGUAAAGAAAGAAACUGUGACAGAAAACACUGUGAAAAUAAUUCUUGUGCAGAGUCUUAUUUGGCCUCUUCUCAGGAACCUGAACCAAAGAAAUAUGGGGGGAAAAUCAGAGGGAGAUCUAAAAGGAAAUCCUUUGAAUUUGAAGACAUUCAGCACUUCCGAAAUCGGAACACACAGAAGAUGCAUGAAGAACUUGGAAGAAAUUCUGGCUCAGCACUUUAUUACACACAGUCUGAGGACAAUAUCUAUGAGGAUAUCAUAUAUCCCACCAAAGAAAAUCCAUAUGAAGCUAUUCCAUUGCAGUCUUUUCCCAUGUGGAGAUCCCCUUCAGCAUGGAAGCUUCCACCCCCCAAAAGUGCCUUCAAAACACCCAAGCUUCCUCCCAAACCUCCAUUCCUUCACCGGAAGACCAUGGAACUGAAGAACUCGCAAGCUUAUUUAAGGUCAAAGUUCACAAAGGAUACCACUUUGCCUGUCACUUUAACUGAAUGGAAGCUCUUCCGAGCUGGAGAAGUUGCAAGCAGGAAAAGAAAAAAUGUUCCAAGGUUUGUAUUGAGAAUAGAUGACAUAUUUGAAUCAAAGAGAGGGAAAAAGAGAGUAAAGUUACAUCCGUACACUGGAAAAGACAUACCUCCUUCUAAAGGUGAAACCAGUGGGAACGAAAGUGAUGCCGAGUAUCUGCCAAAGAAUCGCCACAAGCGCUUAGCACAACUGCAGCAGCCUUCCAAGAGGAACCCCCACUACCAGACCUUAGAGCGCGACCUCAUUGAAUUACAGGAGCAGCAGCUGUUUGAACUCUUUGUGGUAGUGUCUCUGCAGAAGAAACCAUCAGAAAUAAGCUACAGUCCCCAGGUCAUUCAGCAGUUCCCUGGCAAGGGUGAUAAUGGCUUUAAGCAAUCCAAAGACACUGAAGAGAGGCUCAAAGUUAUCCCCAAAUUUUGUUUUCCUGAUUCGAAGGACUGGGCUCCAACCUCAGAACUCAAGAGUGAGACGUUCUCCUUUGUCUUAACUGGUGAAGAUGGGAGCCGGUGGUUUGGUUACUGUAAGAAGCUUUUGCCUGAAGGCAAAGGAAAGCGACUCCCCGAGGUUUACUGCAUGGUCAGUCGCCUAGGCUGCUUCAACCUUUUUUCAAAGAUUUUGGACGAAGUAGAGAAGAGAAGAGAAAUGUCUCCAGCUCUGGUUUAUCCCUUCAUGCGAAGUGUCAUGGAAGCUCCUUUCCCCGCCCCUGGACGCACCAUCACAGUGAAGAGCUACCUCCCUGGGGCUGGAGAUGGGUCAGUUGAACUCUGCCGACCACUGGAUUCCCGGCUGGAACAUGUGGACUUUGAAUGUCUCUUUAAGUGCCUGAGCGUGUGUCAUCUCAUUCGGGUCUGUGCGUCUCUCCUUUUGGAGCGAAGGGUAAUCUUUGUGGCCAACAGCCUAAGCACCCUGUCAAAAUGUGGCCAUGCUGUGGUUGCCACACUGUAUCCAUUUACCUGGCAGCAUACCUACAUCCCAGUCCUGCCAGCAUCUAUGAUCGACAUCGUGUGCUCACCUACUCCGUUCCUUAUUGGAAUCCUGUCUUGCUCCUUACCACAGCUCCAGGACCUGCCCAUUGAAGAGGUGCUGAUAGUUGAUCUCUGUGCGGACAAGUUCUUACAGGAGGUAUCUGACGAGGAUGAGAUUUUACCACAAGCUGCCCUAAUGCAGAUUUUGGAAGAACGAAAUGAAAUUUUGGCUCAGGAGCAGAAUUUCUCACAAGAUGUGACACUCAACUCUCUGGUGUCCGAAGCAUUUGUCAGGUUUUUCGUGGAGCUGGUGGGACAUUACUCUCUGAACAUGACUGUCACUGAGCGUGGGGAGCGUGUAUUCCAAAGGGAGCCAUUCCGUAAAUCUCACACCUCCCGCAGCGUUCGCCACUUCCUGGAUCUCUUCAUGGAAACUCAGAUGUUUGCAGGAUUCAUCCAGGACCGAGAGCUUCGGAAAAGUGGGGUGAAAGGUUUGUUUGAGGUCCGGGCCUUCCAGUAUUUGGAAACAAUUCCUGAGUCUGAACCCAGUGGGGUGAACAGAAUUUUGCGGAGUCUCGGAAGUAAAAUGAAAUUUCUGCAGAAGAAAUGAAAUCUCCCACUGACUUCUCAUCCUAAAUAGGACAGAAAGUGCCAAAGAAAGUAUUUUUCCAAGAGUCAGGAUGCCCUGAAGUAUUCUACAAAAUCCUUGAAAGCUGAAAAGGUUCCAGAGCGGGCCAGAGUCUUGGAGGAGGAGUCUCCUGUUGCUGCUUUGUAAUCACUGGAGAACUGUCGGGAGUCAUCUGGAACCAAUGCUCUCUUCAUUCUGCCUCUGGUUGUUUUUAAGUGGCCUUUUCUACUUGAUUCUUGGGCUUAUUCUUUGUGUUUUGUGCUUAGGCUGUAAAGGCACUUGUCUUUUAUCAGGGAAAGACUUGGUGUUGCAUUUUUUAAAAAGCAGCUCAAAGAGGAGCACAAUGAGAGAAGUGCUGAGUUCAAGGUACUAGGGAGGCAUGACAGAAGUGGCUAACACUAGCUCUCCAACAUGUAAUUCUCAUCACUGAACUACAUGGCAGCUUUAAACCUAUGGGCUGUUUUCUGUCCAAUGUUCCGUCUAGGGGAGUCUCACUUAUUGGAAGCCCUAUUGAUUAGUACUGUUACUGAGUACCGUGUAAAAGUAGACAUCUUGCAACUCUUCCCCCACACUGUGUGGCACUGGAGUAGCAUGUCCCUCAUGUGUCAACAUGAAACUUUUUGGAAUUACAACUAAUAGGAAAUGUCCUUCCAAGGGCAUGAGAACUACGUUUUAUUUUACUUUUUUAGUGUCUACCCCGUGCCAUGCACUGUCAUACAUGUGUGUAUGUCAUCUUAGUCUUCAAAUCGACUUUCUGAGAUAUUUGCAUCUCCAUCUUACUAGUGAAGAAACUGGAAUUCAAAGGAGUUAAAUAACUUGCCCAAAGUUAUACAAUAGAACCAGGACUGAAGCCAAAACUGUUCGUUGGUGAACACAGAUAAAGCUGGUUGGUCCUGAGCUGGACAUUUGAGCUCUAUGGGAUCGUAGCUAUUGGAAAGUUCUCUUUUAAGCUGAAGUGUACCAGAGCCAACUCAGCUCUGAGGAUAAGGGACUUCAAACUAGAGGUGUCUAGAUGAGACUCUUUUCAGUUCUCCUAGGAUUGUUGGAAUUUUUGCUCUAAUUGGAGUCAUGAAGAUGAACAUUACCUGGGACGACACCACAUAAUCACCCUAACCUUUAAGGUCUAAAGCCACAGUUAGUGAUUGGAAAGAGGAACUUGUCAGUGAUGGUGCCGUUUUCUUUGGUGUUACAGCAAAUGUCAGUUUUCUUCAACUCCUGAUGAUGGUUUUAACUGGCAUAAAAAUAUUUAUUCAAGCUUAACAAAACCUUACAAGGUAUAUGAGGACAUAGUUUAUUGACUUGUACAGUAUUGUCAGUUCACCCAUUCAGGUGUGCAUGGAUGAAUUGAAGCAGACACCAGGUAACCGGUGCUACAUAAUUACUAUAGAUGUGGGUCCAGCAAGUAGAACUGAGCCCAUGUCUUUUUAAAAAUGUUUAUUAAGCAGCUUACCCCAGUGGGGCUUUUACCAGAUAUCCCUCCAUUUGGUCUCUUCUGACAAUCCAACCCGAGGGAACAAUCAGUAACUGGGAAUUGUUUAUAAAAUGGGGGCAGUAGGUAUUAUUGUGGUGGAUCCUGGCCAUCCCUCUGUGAGACCUUUGCUUUGGGGAUGAGGGUCAUAUUUUAUCCCUGUAAGCUGGAGCUGCUUCCUUUUCUUAGGUCUGUUUUAUUUUGUUUUUUGUAAAGUUUUAUGAAUUCUGGACAUGUUUGUAAAAGAAUUGUUCAAGAUGUGUAUAAAAUGUUGUUUACAGUUCUUCUAAUGAAUAAAUACAAAAAUCCCAUGGGUCUCUUGGAGAAUUUUAAGUAAAAUUG